AUGCCUGUUGAUCUAACAAGAACAGUUAUGUAAUAACCUUGAGCUCUUUUGCGCGUUAGACCUGAAGUCAUCAACGAUAUACGUGUAUGGAUAAGAUUCCGGGUAAAUAGAAAUUGUUCGGAGACCUCCUUUACCCCCCUGAUCCACUAACCUACAAGAAAUUCUCCGCACGCUUGUCAGUGCACUAACUCCAGUUGUCUUAGCGUAUUGCGGGGAACUGUAAGCGCCUUGUUAUUUCCCCAAGUGCCCCAAACCCCAAACAUGAUGCCUCGAAAUUAUCCGCAACCGACUCUUGGAAGCUUCUUUAACUCAUUCACACCUAUGUACUGCCUGUUAGGGAGCAUAGUAACAAAUGAAUCAUAAACCCCGAUGCAGAGUAUCCUGUUUACCCCCCGCCAAUUCAGGCAUCGUGACGCUUGGCAAGCUACCUGAUCUUAGGUAGCAUUCCCCUUAAUGAAUAAUAGCCGAUCUACCGGUACUCAUAUAUCGCUCUUGCUGUCCCUCUUUUGAAGUCCCAAUGUAUCAUUGCAAUUUUGAACAUGUCUCCUCAUGCGAUAUAUCCAUACUUGGGGGUUUCCAUGGUCUAAUCGAUCCGGUGUUACCUAUUUUUCAACGUAGAACUCAUGUCAUAGUAUUGGCAUCGUGACUCAAGCCGUCGACCAUGCGACCAAUAUCUCUAGUGAUCGGGUUCGCGCCCCUCACCGCCGCUCUCGGCCAAAAGCAGAUCAUCAGCUUCACCAGCGAUCCAGGUGCUUUUCAACUGGCUGGUGGAUCGAUAACAGAACCCCAGAUCCUCGUUUCGAGUAAUGAAUAUUGGGGAGUUAUUCGCGCUGCGGGGGAUCUUGCGAAGGACUUUGGGCGUGUGACCGGGGCUAAUUUCACUUUGAGCAAUGGGGAAGUGGGAGCGGCUCCUGCAGUGUACGAAUAUGCGCCUAUUACACGGAAUUAUACACAUUAUUCUGUGAACGGUACGCAGUAUUUUUAUGGGCCUGAGUACACUGAUCCCGCAGCCGAGAACACGGUCAUAAUUGCUGGUACACUGGGGCAUUCAAAGGUCAUCGAUGACCUCGUCAGCAUUGGAAAGUUAGACAUCUCGGAGAUCGAUGGGAAAUGGGAAUCGUUCGCCACGAAAAUUAUUGAAGAGCCCGUUCCAGGGUGUGCAAAAGCUGUAAUUAUUGUGGGAAGUGACCCUCGAGGGACUAUCUUCGGCAUAUAUGACAUCAGCGAACAAAUAGGAGUUAGCCCAUGGUACUGGUGGGCAGAUGUUGCAGUAAAGCAGUCCAAAGAAAUCUACGUUCUAUCGGACGGGAAAGUACAGGGGGCUCCUUCUGUUAAGUAUCGUGGCUUCUUCAUCAAUGAUGAGCAACCGGGUCUGUCAGGAUGGGUUCAAUGGAAUUACCUGGAUACACCGUAUGGAGAUGGAUAUGGCGCGGCCUUUUAUUCCAAUGUGUUUGAACUUCUCCUUCGCCUUCGGGCAAAUUAUUUAUGGCCGGCCCUCUGGGGGUCCAUGUUCGAAGUCGACGACCCGGCGAGUCAGCCGCUUGCUGAUGCAUGGGAAAUUGUGCUUGGGAGUUCGCAUACAGAGCCGAUGAUGCGUGCGCAGAACGAAUUUGGCACGUUCUAUACAAACGAGGGUCUCGGCCCGUGGGCGUACAAUCUCAAUAACAAAACAAUCGACCAGUACUUCGUGUACGGGGCACAACGCGCGAAGCCGUACGCUCGCAACAGCCUAUGGACGAUGGGUAUGCGGGGCAGUGGGGACACUGCCAUCGAGGGCUUAGGAGUUGAAUACAUCGUCAGCAUGCUAGAGACCCUCGUUGAGAAUCAGCGUGCCAUUAUCGAGGACGUGCUAGAUGUCGAUGUACACGAUGUCCCUCAGCUAUGGUGUCUCUACAAAGAAGUCAUGACGUACCUUCAACAUGGUUUAACAAUCCCCGAGGAUAUCACUCUCCUAUGGGCGGACGAUAACUGGGGCAAUGUCCGCAGAGUUCCAAUCGGGAAUGAGUCGACACGUUCUGGUGGUGCCGGUGUUUACUAUCAUGUUGACUAUGUUGGUGGUACUAGGAACUACAAGUGGAUUAACACGAUCCAGCUCGAAAAGACGGCAGAGCAGAUGCAACUUGCUUAUGAACACGGCGCUGAUCGGAUAUGGAUUGUCAAUAUUGGAGACAUAAAGCCUCUAGAGAUUCCGCUCAGCCACUUUCUCGACUUGGCCUACGAUAUUAACCUCUGGGGAGUGAACAACGUCAGCGAUUGGACUCUUGCCUGGGCAACUCGCGAGUUCGGGCCCGAAUACGCGACAUCGAUAACUGAGAUCAUGACACGCUUUGGCAUGUUCGCGGCCAGGAGAAAAUUCGAAUUGGUAGAACCGCAUGUGUAUUCGAUUAUCGAUUAUAACGAAGCCGAUGCAAUACUAGGGCAAUGGCAAGGUUUGGUCGACGAUGCCCAGGCAAUUUACGACCAGCUAGAUGAAUCGCACCAGCCUGCGUUCUUUGAAAUGGUUCUUCACCCUAUCCUAGCCGGCCAGAUUCUUCAUCAAGUCCAUAUCGGUGCCGCUAGGAAUGCAGUACAUGCAAACCAGUAUCGGAAUUCUGCAAAUGACCUUAUAUCAAGAGUCUUGUCAAGCUUUAAUGCUGAUGGAGAUCUGACAGCACGAUGGGAUGAUCUGCUAGAUGGAAAAUGGAAACACAUGCUAGAUCAGACACAUUUCGGAUACAACGGUUAUUGGCAACAGCCAAUGCGGAAUGUACUUCCAGCCAUGGCUUACGUUCAGGCGGGAGUGUCUUCGGUGGCAGGCAGCGUUGGGAUUGCCGUUGAAGGGUCAAAUGCGAGCAUUCCAGGCGACGACAGGUACCAUCCUAAUUCGGGGAGCACCCUCGUGCUACCACCACUAGAUCCUUAUGGUCCAAUCUCACGUUGGUUUGAUGUGUUUUCACGGGGUACAGUAGACUGCUACUGGUGGGCAGAAACAGAUCUGUCCUGGGUGAAACUGUCGCAAUAUAAUGGUACGGUGGGGCCUGGAAACGGUACAGACCUGCGCGUCUUUGUGACGAUCGAUUGGACAAGUGCACCGCAAGUUGUCAACUACACGGUAGCCAACAUCAACUUUUCGACUGGGUGUGGACGUACCGGAUUCUCAAGUUGGUAUGGCAAACCAGUCGUGCAGCUCCCUAUCAACCUGCGCACGAUCCCGACCAAUUUCACCGAGGGGUUCGUAGAGUCCGACAAACACGUCGCCAUCGAAGGACCACACUACCAGCGAAUCUACACACCACUCGAUACAGCAGCAGAAUCGGAGAUCACCUACCAGACGUUGAAGAAUUACGGACGCACACUUGGCGGCGUGACCCUUUGGCCACUGACUACGCCACCACAAACGCCCGAGUCAGCGCCGGCGUUGGACUAUGAUCUUUACCUAUUCACCAACACCUCAAAAGCCAACGUGACAUUGUAUCUCUCACCGACACAGAAUUACUUAUCCGACAGCACUCCUCUCGAAUUCGCCGUGUCUCUCUUCCCCGCCGGCGCAGGGCAAGCCGAGCCUCAGGUCAUCCGUCCGGUGGGUGAGAGCAUCGGAGCCGGCCUGCCUCCCGGAUGGGAUGGUGCCGUAGCCGACUCCAUCUGGGGACUUGCGCCGGAACACAACACCACGACAACGUGGAGUAUCCCGCGGGAAGGAGCAUACACCCUUCGGGUGUGGGGGCUGGUACCGAGUGUCAUCGUGCAAAAGGUUGUCGUGGAUCUUGGGGGUGUCAGGCCUAGCUACCUUGGCCCUCCCGAGAACUUCUUGGUGGGGAGGGAUGCGUUGGGUGUCUAUUCACAGACAAGCUUUGCAGAUGGGCCUGGGGUAGUUGGGGGUACGAGGAUCUGCUAUGACUGCUCAUAAAUAUGGGGAUGCUGUGAUAAUAUAAUUUUGGAUUUGUAUAUUGGCCUCGCUACGAUGAGGUUACAUACUAAUUUUAUCAAAUUCGUGGUGUUUUGCAAAGAAAACGACAAUACCGAUCUGGACACGCGUAAAGGGGAACAUGGAUUAGGAAACUAUAUCCUGGGAUAUUCGAUAUUUGCAUCAUGAGCUGGCUCACCGACUUCUCGGGAACUCCGCUUCGUGACAUCGCUUCGUUCUAGUGCAUCUUGUCGAAGGUUUAAGUUAAAAUACGUUGUGUGUACAUAUAAUAAUGUGCAUAAGAUGCAAUGAUUUGAUAGGAAGAUGAGAAGAAUCAAACGGUUCAAUGCCGGAAUAAUAAUAAUUAGUACGUAUUUCCGUACCAACUCAAUUUACGAUACUGAAACAGAGAC